GACGACGACGAAGCAGAACAAGACUACGUCGUUUCAUCAUUAUUAUCUGACCGUUACAGCUUGAUAUUACAAUUUUACCCUUCCUCCAUUGUUAUGUUUUUUUAUCCACACUCGAGAAGUGAAACUUUUUUUUGUUCUCUCUCUCUCUCUCUCCCCGAGACGAUGAUGAUUGCAGCAAGGUGCUGUCUUUUGCCACCGCCGUGUUUCUCCGCCGUAAGGGUUAGAUGUUUCGCAGGUGAAACUUCAGAUACAGGGAUUUUAUUCCGGGAGAAGCUUAUUUACCUUCAAGACCUUAACGUAGAUCCUCACAAAGCUCUCCGAGUGAACCCAUCUCUCCUGGAACGAACCCUAAUCCCUAAAAUUGAGUACCUUGAAGAAGGGUUAGGGUUUACAAGAGAAGAGGUAGCGAAGAUGGUUGUGAGAUCUCCGGCGUUGUUGACUUAUAGUGUGGAUAACAAUUUAGUUCCUAAAGUUGAGUUUUUUAUGGAGGAGAUGCGUGGUGAUGUCAAGGAGCUUAAACGUUUCCCUCAGUAUUUUUCGUUUAGCUUGGAGAGGAAGAUAAAGCCAAGGCAUAGGUUGCUUAAGGAACAUGGGAUUUUUAUGCCUUUGUCUGAGAUGUUGAAGGUUAGUGAUGGUCAGUUUAACAAUUGGCUUUUAGAGCUUCGUCUUAGGUCUGUUGAAAGAAGAUGAUGAUAUAAUAACAACAAUGCAACGCAGCUUUCUUUUUUUUUGUUUCCUUCUGUAGAUUAAGCUUUUUGAGAAUGUUCAUUGUUCUGUUUACUGAGAUUAAGUUUUGGACUUGAGACAUGCCAAAGCACUUCACAUGAGCUUGUAUUUAGUUUUUGUUUUAUGUUUUGUCAGAUUA